UAGACCUACAUAUCCCUACAUACGGCAAGAAACCCCGUCUCCAGCGCGUCGUCUAUUGAAAAGAAAAAAAUAUUUUUUUAAUUUAAAGAAAACUCCAACAAAAUGGGUCGCCGCAAGUCGAAAAGAAAGCCUCCGCCAAAAAGAAAAAAUAUCGAACCAUUGGAUCAACAAUUCAAUUGCCCCUUUUGUAACCACGAACUUUCCUGCGAAGUGAAAAUGGACAAGACGCGAAAUACGGCUAAAAUAAGUUGUCGCAUAUGCUUGGAGGAAUAUCAGACGUCGAUUAAUUUCCUCUCGGAACCUUUGGAUGUGUACAAUGAUUGGGUGGAUGCAUGUGAAAGCGCAAACUAAACGUAUCCAUAAUCCAAACGAUUGGACUAAUCCGGAUAUCGGUGGCUCAUACAUUACUGGUGUAUCAACUUGGAAUAAGUAGAAUUAAAUAAUACAUGUAUUUUUAAUAUUCAACUACCUAUAUAAAUAUAAUUUUUUUAGUCUAUUGUAAAACGAAAA